UUCUGGAGAGCGAGGUUGGGGGGGGUUGGAGGGAGGGAAGGAGAAGGAGAAAUCAUCUGCGAGCGGAGCGCUGGAAGACCUCUCCGUCCUCCAACUUCCCCGAGCGAGCGUGGAUGCUGGAAGGAGCCCCUUGGAUAUGGGAUCAUAUCUGGUUUAUCACAGCCUGGGUUUGAUCCUCUGCUGCUCCGUGCUGAGCUCGGUCUACGCUCUGGUGGAUGCUGAUGAUGUCAUCACCAAAGAGGAGCAGAUCUUCCUACUGCUAAAAGCCAAGGCAAAGUGCGAGCGACACCUGAAAGCCAAGGUGCCCAAGGUGCAUGAUGGCUUUUGUCUUCCUGAGUGGGAUGGUAUUGUCUGCUGGCCAGAAGGUGUGCCGGGCAAAGUGGUGGCUAUGCCAUGUCCUGAGUACAUCUAUGACUUCAAUCACAAAGGCCAUGCUUAUCGCCGGUGUGACCUGAAUGGAAGCUGGGAGCUGGUCCCAGGCAACAACCGCACCUGGGCAAACUACAGUGAAUGUGCCAAGUUCCUCACCAACGAGACAAGGGAGAGGGAGGUCUUUGAUCGCCUCUAUUUGAUUUAUACUGUUGGAUACUCCAUCUCUCUGGGAUCCCUCACAGUUGCUGUCCUUAUCCUGGGAUACUUCAGGCGUUUGCACUGCACUAGAAACUACAUCCACAUGCACCUGUUUGUCUCCUUCAUGUUGAGAGCCGUGAGCAUCUUCGUGAAGGAUGCGGUCUUGUACUCCGGGUCAGCUUUGGAGGAGAUGGAGAGGAUCUCUGAGGAAGACCUGAAAUCCAUUACUGAAGCACCUCCAGCAGAUAAGUCACAGUUUGUGGGUUGUAAAGUAGCGGUUACCUUCUUCCUCUACUUCCUGGCAACCAAUUACUACUGGAUUCUGGUGGAAGGGCUCUAUCUCCACAGCCUCAUCUUCAUGGCAUUUUUCUCAGAGAAGAAGUAUCUUUGGGGAUUCACGUUAUUUGGCUGGGGACUCCCUGCUGUAUUUGUUACAGCGUGGGCCAGCGUGAGAGCCACUCUAGCCGACACAGAGUGUUGGGACUUGAGUGCUGGCAAUUUAAAAUGGAUCAUUCAGGUGCCCAUCCUGGCAGCUAUUGUGGUAAAUUUUAUUCUUUUUAUCAAUAUUAUCAGAGUCCUAGCAACCAAACUACGGGAAACAAAUGCAGGGAGGUGUGACUCACGACAACAGUACAGGAAGCUGCUGAAAUCUACCCUUGUCCUUAUGCCUCUGUUUGGCGUUCACUAUAUUGUUUUCAUGGCUAUGCCAUACACAGAUGUGUCAGGGAUUCUUUGGCAAGUUCAAAUGCACUAUGAAAUGCUGUUCAACUCUUUCCAGGGAUUUUUUGUUGCCAUCAUAUACUGUUUUUGCAAUGGAGAGGUCCAAGCAGAAAUAAAGAAGUCAUGGAGCAGGUGGACAUUAGCACUUGAUUUUAAAAGGAAAGCACGAAGUGGGAGCACAACCUACAGUUAUGGACCAAUGGUUUCCCACACCAGCAUCACAAAUGUAGCCACGAGAGGGGCACUUGCCCUUCAUCUCAAUACAAGACUUAUACCAGGGACCCUCAAUGGACACCGGAAUUUACCAGGUUAUGUAAAAAAUGGCUCUAUUUCUGAAAACUCUAUGCCUUCUUCUGGACCAGAGCAGUACAACAAAGAUGAGGAGUACCUGAAUGGCUCUGGCCUUUAUGAUGGAGACAGACCCACAGUACUUGUUGAAGAAGAAAGAGAGACAGUGAUGUAAAGAGAAGAAGAGAGGAAGCAAAAGGAUGAAAAAGGUUCCUGGAGAGCAUUUAGUGGGCAAAAGAAUAUCAUGCCACACAACGGAUGCCAAGGGUUUCCAUGCCUUUUCUCUGUUCUGUUGAACAAGAGGUUAAGUUAUAUGGAAAAAAAAAAAAAAGUGAGCCACCAACGUGGCCAGAGGUUGAUCACACACAUAUACUCAGUGAUCUAUGUCUCCCCAGUGUUAACGGAGGCAGGGCUAUCCACGGGCCUUGCUACCUGCUGAACAACAGAGAUGCUGAGAGUUUGUGGGGAGGGUUGCACAGCAGCACGUGGUCCUGUCACCUCUUGGAGAGCUUGGGCAGCCAAGGAUGAUGGGAAUCUCACCCAGUAAAGCAAAAGUCUUGUGGGGAGUGUACACUGCCAUCUUCUUGCAAGGGUACAAGCCACCCUGGGCAUCAACAUCUUUGGUUUGGUUUGCUCUUUCCUUUUGAAAUCUGUCUGGUAACACACACGAGAAUGACCAAGGCCCCUCGGGUACCACAGCUGGCCAUUUUUGCAGCCAAGUUCUCAACAUGGACAGCUUGGUACAACCUGGGACAUGUUCUUCCCUUGGGCAUUCUCACUCCUUGGCAAAAAGCUCUUCUGGGAUGGGCAGUGUUAACAGUUCAUGGUCACUAGAUGAAAGCAGAAAACUGUAUUCUUCUUUCCCUGACCUGAGUAUCAUAGCAAGCCAGAAACCAGUGCAAUUUUAGAAUGGGAAAUGUGGUUAUCAGAAUGUGUGAUAUUUUCAUUCUUCCGGAUACAGCGGUGGAGAUGGACCCACUGUUCCUGCUCCCAGGCCGACUGAGGCAGGGAAGGGCAUUUGCAGAUCUUCAGCUCAUGUGCCUGUUUGUAUGUGUGGCUAAAAUCAGCUCAGAGGGUCACCAACUCAGCCUCCCUCUUUGUGGAUGCUCAUGGAAACAGACCUCCGUAAUGUUCUUAAUGUUCCAAAUUUCUUCUCAUUCUCACCUUCAAAUUACUUGUCUCUCACUUGCCCAAACCCUCAUGAGGAGAAACACGAGAUGCUGGAUACAGCCAGGCAAACCUGCCUUCAUGGGGUCCAAUGAUAAAAUCUGCUGGGCAAAAGCACAAGGAUGGCUCAUGGUUGGUCUCCUUCUGAGCAUCUUCUUUCUUUCCUGUUCUUAGUGGUCAGGUCAUUCAAAUGAGUCAUACACACACAUAUGGACAUCCAGCCAAUGUCUUAGCUGGGGUGAUUAAGUAUAAUUUCAACCAAAAUCACUGAUUUUGCCUAGAGAUGCUUAGAAGUUGAAAUGUUAUUGGGGUUGCCUGAGAAGAGAAGAGAGCAAGAAAAGUAAGGUUAGAUGUUAGGAAGAAAAUCUUUAAUCAGAGGAUGGAGAGGCACUGGCACUGCUGCCCAGUGGUGCCCAACACUGGCCUUGGCAAAUACGCAAAAGCCAAUCCUUAGCAGGUCAGAACAGGCAGGACAAAAUGCUCUAUUAUCUGAUAUCACCAAAGGAAAAAAGCUAAAGAAGACUGUUACUAAUGACAGAAGUGCUCCCAUUCUAGACAAAAGAAGUUGUGGUUGCCUCAUCCCUGGAGGUGCUCAAGGCCACACUGGAUGGGGCCCUGGGCAGCCUGAUAUAGUGGGGGGCAACCAACUCACAGCUGGGGUUGGAACUACAUGGGCUUUAGGGUCCCUUCCAACUCAACCAUUCUAUGAUUCUAUGAAAUGCCCAGUUCCUACAGGAGUGAGAGAUCAGAGUAUUUUGUCAGUUGUUUGUGGUUUUUGCAAGAGAGCCAGAAGGCUGUUUUCUGACACAAGUCAUGUCUUCAGCAAUGACAAAGAGGUACAGCGUUUGUUGGCCAACAGUGUUUUGUCCUACACACUUCAACCAGCUGAGCACCUAGCAAAAGCUCUUUUCCAGUUUUGAAGCACGAUUCAGAAUUUCUCAGUAAUGGGAAUUUAGGAACAGUGACCAAACUUGUUAUUGCAGCCUGUACUCCCUCAAAGUAAAGACUCUGGCUGAGCCAGCCUGGAUCCUCUCUUCAGCCCAUCGUAAUGUCACUAUUCCUUUGCUGCAUUCUGACAGUCAGCCCCUCGUGGUGCUUUCCUUUCUUCUGGGCACGUUUCUUGAAUCUGAAAUAUUUUUUACUCCACCUGGCUGUUACUGAAAUGGAGUAGACGCAGUCAUUGGGGCAGUUUGCAGAAAUCCUUUAGGAUGCAGGUGGGGCCUAUGGAAUAUCUUACUGUCUAUCCUGAUCCUUUAGGUAUGUCUGCUGUGGCAUACUAACCAGCACUUCUGAGAUGCAUCCAGUCACUUCAAACUGCAAGUUCUGAGUACAUAUUGAGGCCUAAAUACCCCACAGUUCUGAAGGAGGUCAGGAUGAGCCUAGAGAUCUUGACUCUGUUUCCUGUGUCCCACAUCUUCUUUAGGCAACCUCUCAGGUUGAAGCCCAGUGUAGUAACAAACCUCCUCCCCUUGACAUCUCUAGGUUUUGGAUUCGGGCUUGGUAGGGAACAUGGUGGCAAAGAGGCAAUCCUCUGCAAGGCACUGAAGCACCUCUCAAACAGCUGCAGACCUAUAUGAGCCAGCCUUUAAAAGCCAGUGUUUAUUUGUGAUUUUUUCUUUGUUUUGUACCAUUAGAAUAACUCAAAACUCCUCAUUACCAUGUACCACCAAACGGCAGCUAUUGCAACUUCGGGUUUGCAAAGCAUAACCUUUUUUUUUUUUUUUCAUGCUCUCUUAUUGUUCUUGUUGCUAUUAUGAGCAAUAGUAACAAAGCUAACAGUAGUAUUACAGAGAGGUUAAGUAAUCUUGCAAGAGAAGUCAGCUCUAGAGAAAGUUUGGCAUGGAGAGCUCUGCAGAAAUCUGGGUCAGCCCCGCUAUCCUCGCUGCUCGCCUUUUCCUCGCAGACAUUGGCACAGCCUCAGGAGAGAAUCAAAGGGGCAGAAGUUCUUACCAGAGUGUGUACAGCUGUUAUGCAGCAUCCCGUGUGGCUGAGCUGCCAAUGAGAGAGAAACGCAUUGAGUAUGCUGGCUCUGGUUUUCUGCCCUUCCAGAAGUACGCUGUGCUCAAAUCCUGCCAAGCAGACGCAAUGACCUUCCUUAUUUUCCCACUCAGAGGAAUUACUCGAUAUCACUUCACUGGUAGGACAAAACAAAAAGACAUACAAAAUAAAAGCCACCAACCAAGCACCAAUGACACUAGUGACUCACUGUUUGUUUGUGUUUCUUUCAGAGAACUCGGGAUUAAUGACAUGCUUGGCAAUCGCUUAGCAAAGUUCAAGGAAUUAGCAAAACCCAUAACACUUGUCAUAAACAAAUACAGCACCCCUCCUAAACAGACAUGCAUUCAUCGCUAGAUUGUUGAGAAUAAAUGCUUAAAAACUGAUGUUAAAUGUAGAUAAAAAUUACACCCAUGAGGAAUGUGCAGGGGAAGAAAUCUUUCCUUGAUCUUUUCAAAUACCAGUCUUACAUGAUACAUUCUUUUUCCUUGGUGUUCAUGUUCAUGAAAAAAGAUGGGAAAAUGCCUAUACCAAAACAGGGGGAUAAUUCUGCCUUUAACGACAUGGUAGAACGUAUGUUUGUCAGUCUGUUCCUGUCCUUCCUGUGCUGAUUGCAGACCUCACUGUUGGCUGAGUAUAUAGACUGUGCUGUAUUAGCCAGAGAUCCAAGGGCAUCCUCCACUUAUUCUUUGUGAGGAAGGGAUCAGGCCUGUGGUGCCUUGAAACAGAGAAGAAACUAGUUUGCGGGGUCACCCUCCAUGGGGUGACAGUUCCCAUCCUGCCUGAUUUACACAUGGGCAGAGAAAUGUCUUCAAGCUCACAUCUAGAGGAGGCAAACGCUUGACGGAGCUGGUGGCCUCUAUUUUGACAUAUUAGCUUUCCUUCCUCCAUGGUGUCAGCUUUGUGUCCUCUUUCUUCCCUUCCUGUAAACCAGCUGGCAAUAUGCAGGACUGGUUUCCACUGAGAUGCUGGGCUUGGGCAGGGAAUCUCCCCCUCUGGCAAGUUCAUCUUGCAGCCCUACACCUCUUCUAUCCCACCCAUAGCAGCUCAGUCUGCUAAUAAUCCUCAGUCCAUUCUACUUGAUCUACCUCUUUUCUGAAUAGACAUAGAAAUGUCAACAUUUCUUGGACUCGUGUUUCUUAAGGAUGACUUUUGGCAGCUCCUCAUCAUUUCUGCUUUGCCUGCAUUUGUGCAGACAAGUGUUUUUACACCUUCUAUAAACUCCUUUGUCUUAGUUCAGAUGAGAUCAUGUCUUGUCCCCUUCGCCACCAUUCCUCAACUCUGCUCCAUCUUGUCUGAUACAUAUUGGAGCCAAAUCAGUUGACAAAGUUCUCCCCAAAACUGAACUGUUCAGCCAGGGACUGGCUUCCUUUCUUUGUUUAUGGGCAAUUGGCUGAAAGCUGCAGAACAUCCACAGAGCUGGUAAGAAUUUUCCGUUUUUUAAAGCCUGAAAAUACAGCAAGCAUGAAGAUCUCCAAUUUUUAUUCCUUUUAUUGUUUGGGUGAAUUCAAUGACUGUCUGAAGAGGUUUAAAACUUCAGAGCCCAAUCUUUCAAGAAGUAAAGGCACCUCAAUGGGUUUUGUUUCCUUGUUUUUUCACUGGCUGAUUUUUCUGCAUAACUUCCACUUAGAAUUCAUUGGAAGCUUCAGGUAGGAUUAUGGAGGACGAGGGCAUCUUCACCUCAUCCAUAUCUCUCACUCUCUUCAGUGUUUCUUUCACUUGAGAUAGGACUGCAUGAAAUAAGAGAAAGCACUUUAAGAGUUGACCUUCAAGGGAGAGGUUGCAUAAACCUGUGAAGUCCUUUCAUGUGUAAUGUUGCUUCUUACAUGGCUGUGCAUUUUUCCACCUAUUGUUGCCCAUGAGUUUGCCAAAGCCCAGUCUGUGCCUUCUCAUGGAAAGUUAUGCAGCAGUAUCAUGGUUCACAUCCUCUCUUUCUGGCUUUAGCUGAAUGUUGUGACAUUUUGGCUGUAAGAGGAAGCAAAAGAAAAAUGAUCAGGGGCAGCAUUUCCCAGCCUUUGGGGUUAAGGGUUUGGUGUGUGCCUCCUCAGCUGUGUAGCCUGUGUCACAAAUGGGCAUUGCUCUGGUGGCUGCAAGCUGUAAAUCGUUCAGCAUGCGAAGAAGAUUUAUUUUAAGGCCAUGGGCAGAUUAAGGAAGGUCUUCACCGUGCCACUUUCCCACUAAGAGCACCUGCUGGGGGAGAAAUCGUGUUGCACUCUCAGGCAAGUCUAGGGAAAUUGAUGUAUUUAUUUAUUUUUAAUAUAAUGGAACAGGUUUUCUGUUUGAUUUUUUUUCUUAUUAUUAUUUUUACUUCUAUUGCUGACGGGUUGCCACAUUCCACAGCAUAAAUAAAGGACAUAUAUGAUAUUCCUGGCGAGCUUCAGAGGUGUUCAGGCAUCCAGUGUGACACUUCAGACAGAGUAGAUUUUAUAUCCCAUUCCUCUAGGGUGUCUUGAAAUGAGAAAUAUAUUAAAUUGUAAAGGAAAUGAGUUUGCAAAAUAUCCUAUAAAUAAAUUUCCAUCGUGAUCAGCCAGGGCUGUCUAAAUUUGUCUUCAAAACAUAAUGUUUCAUAAAUGGUGUAAGUAUAAAAAGGGGGAUGUCCAUCUCUGUGGACAUCCAUUGGAAGGCAGCUCUCCUAUUUUUGCCUACAAAGGAGAAAGGUUGAGCCUAUUGGACAGCAAAUACUGUUGGCCCAAAGGAACAUAUUGUUUUGAGGCAGUGAUUCCAUUUGUAUAAAAGUUAUUGAGCUUACCCUGUUCCACUCGAACUAUUUUUAUGGCCUCUCAUGAAAUCAAGACUUAAGCUUAGGUCUUAUCUAAGGGUGGGAAAGCAAAAGAAAGCAGAGGUAGGUUAUUGCAAAGACAUAUGAUUAACUGAAGCACACUAAAAUAUUGGUGGGUUUUCUGUUUUGUUUUGUUUUGUUUUGUUUCCCAAUAAUGACCUGCUUCCUGGAAAGUCUGAGCCAGAAAUCUGGUCUCCUUGGUCUUUCCAUGUGCUCUUUGGAGUGCAUGGAGGUGCAUGGACACGCAGCUGAGAACCCACCUGUGUCCAGCUUCUGGUCAUGUGAAGCUCAGAGACACCAGGACCAACUGAAUGAAAACCAGUGAUCCUGCCCUGGAAGUCUUUGCCAGAAGAAGUGUUAAUGAGCUUCGUUUAGUGGCUAGCCCCAAGUUUAUUUGCUGUCUAUAUGUGAAGGCUGAUAGUAAGCAGAGUGUCUCCAAAUCUAGUACUUUUUAUUCAGCACUCAUAAACAUCUUCACUGACUGCUCUUUGGUUUGUAGGUGCUUCUGAAGAUUUUAGAGAUCUUCUACUGAAAGUCCAACAAUUGAAGCUGAGACUGAGACUUGGUCUCCUGGCAGUGCUAGCAGACUCCCACUUCACCUGUAGCCUUGGGCAGUGGUGGUCCCGAGCAACAAGGAGACAGAACCAGCAUCUUUCUUGGGUCUUUGACACUGCUUCUCCCUAGUGGGUAGAAAAGCCCAAAAGACAGACAUCUCUGCUCUUCUACCCUCAAAUUUUAGGGACAUGGUUUAGUGGGCAUCGUAGUGAUGGGCUGGCGGUUGGACUAGAUGAUCUUAGAGGUCUUUUCCAACCUUAAUUAUCAGAUGAUCCUAUGAUUCUAAAUUCAGGUUGGCUGGAGUUCCUUUCUACAUUUACUUUUCCUUUUUUCCAACCUGGCCCUAGAAAAAGAAAACCCUAAAACUUAUUUAAAGAACUCAGUUAAGCAUUUCGUUUUCCAUUUUUCCUGGAUGCAGACUCAGGCUUUUUAAUGGCUAGAAGCCAACCUCAACUCUCAGAAUCAAAACCAAUCUGAAGCAUCAGAAUGGGAACAUAAUUUGCUCAGAUCAGCUGUACUGUACCCUCGUCACAUCAUAUCCAUCACAUUGGGUACAGAGCACUGGCAUCCUGACAGAGAUGAAAGGUUGGUCUGACAAAAUAGUCUUUUAUUUUUGGUGCAUUUUUAAGACAAGUGAACCAAGAGUAAGAACUAGACUAGCUCUCUUUACACUUAAGAAUGAUCAUAAACAAGAAAAGAGUGAUAAUAAGUCAUUCUUUUUUUUUAUCUCAUCAUGUUCUGUUGACUGCUCUGAUGGUUAUUGUGGAGUGUCUGCUGUUCUGGCUUCUCCUUGGCAGGAGUUCUCUGUGGUGGAGGGAACAGAUACAAUGAGCGGACGGAGUAAUUUGAAGCCAGUCCCUAGGGCAGGACAGUCAGGAACAGAUCUGAUGUUGAUUUUAUAUUCAUUGGCAGAAGGCAGGAGCUACACCACUGAAGUUAAUUGAGUUAACUCGGUCGAAUGCCAAGGCAAAACAGAUCUGAAUCUAGACCACAGUUCAGAACUCAUUUACAAUUUGCACAAUGGAAUUAAAAUAAAGCUUCCAACUCUAACUACAGAGUUAGUCUGCUGAGAAUUGGACUUGCUGUUUGGGAUUAAAUGACACCCAAGGCAUGAGCUAUCACAUGAAACAAUCAUGUUUUUUAUCUGUGCCUACCCAGAUUACUCUGUUCUCCCCGCUGUGGUCACUUAGCCAUGCUCAGCUGUUUCAGCUAGUAGGGAUAUUUCUUAGCCCCUUCUUUUUUUCUUUUCUAUCUUACUUGCAUGUGAACACCAAGUUUUCAUGCCAGUUUUCAGGUUUCAUCUAGCCCCACAGAUUCAAAGUUCAAGAAAAUGUCAACAUGUUGCCAGGAUUUGGGCGGCAAGUGGGAAAAAGAAUAUGAGAAGCUAAUGGAAGUCACAGGGGAGCAUUAAAGGGUCUAUCAAAUAGGGUUCACUGAAACCUUUCCCACGGACCAGGGAAAGGUUUGCAGACCUCAGCAUAGAAUUUCAACCUCCAACUGAACUCACUCAUGUUUUGCUCAUUGAAGGUCUUGAGCUGUUCAGUAUGACCUGCUAAGCUCACCCAAUGUAUUUCCAUUGUCUAGGGGCUUGGGGUUAGAUCUGGCACUCUGUUGUUAAAUGUUCCUGCUUAUGAUUAAUUUAAGUUUAAUGCUCUGGUCUGCACAUGCAGUUUCUGCAUCCUUCCCUAGGUUGGUCCAUUAGUGCUGCUUUGGGGAACACUUGCAGAACUGUUCCUUGAGUUGCCUUUGCAUAUCUGGUGUGUAUCCAACCAGAGCUGUCACCAGUUUGAAUGCAUCAGUACUGAUGGUCAGCAGUGCUGCUUUGCAAGGGAACCAAAGGCAGUGUUUGCAAGAAAAGAGCGCAACAAAUUUUGUCCUAAUUUGGAAGGGAUUUGCAAGACUCCAGAGAGGCAGGGUUAGGCUGGAGAUCACCUCAGUAUGGCACACUGCACAGGGGCCAGGAACAAAAGAAAAAGGGAAGGAAGAGCUGAACCAGAUGAGUGUCAGUAAUUAGGGAGUCCUAUAAAUCUGUCUCCUUUUCAGGCAGGCCUCCCUAUCCAGCGUAGAUUGAGCGAACUGGCCACUAUUGCAUGAUUACACUCUCUCCUAAGCAGAGAGUGUAAAGAGCAAAUGGGGGAUUCAACAAAGCCUGUGCAAAUUUAUCUUCCUAAUUCUCACUGGCUCUUUUUCCUUCUUUUUUCCUUUGGGAAAAAAAAAAAAAAAAAAAAAGAUACAUUAAAGUAACCUGAGCACAAGAACCUGGUACUCAAAUCCAUUUCUCCAGGGUCCCACAGAGUAACUUUUUUCUGUAACCUUAGAAGUUGUCCUUGCUUGCUUUUUUUUUUUUGUUUUUUUUUUUNUUUUUUUUUUUUUUUUUUUUUUUGUUGUUUGUUUUUUUGUUUUUUUUGCAUAUGAUCUAAAGAAUGUGAUGGUAUUUGAUUAUCUUCAUCAUUCUGGGCAAACAAUAUGGUGGGUAACAACACCGUUGUGCCGGGAUCAGUAUGGAAUGAAAUUAUAACCCCAUGAAAACCAACUCCAAGAUUUCUAUUGACUUCCAUGGAGUGGGAUUUACCCUUAAAUCCAGAGGAGGAAAAAGAUGAUGAUUCAAACAAAUGACCUAACCCUUCCCCAGUCCUCAAGGCUUUGCCUACCACCCGUACUUCAGGGUGGCUUUUUGCUUUAAAUCAAUAGCACUACAAAGCCAGAAAGGAGAGAUCAAGGGGUAGAAGGUGACCUGAAUAGCAGUCGCCUCUCUCAAAAUGCUUUACAAAUGCCAACAUUAGGUUUUGUAUUGGGGUUGGCUUCUAUAUGUGGGGAUAUAGGAUGUGGUAUUCUGCUAGAAAAAGGCAAGGGAUUAAAAUGUUUGAGAUGGAUGGGAUGAGCAUGCACUGGGUUUCCAAAAUGCAUGUGUCUGUGUCCUCUGAAAUAGAGAUACAAUGGCCAUGUGAAAGACUACUUAAAACAAGUUUAAUGAAGAAUGUUCUCCAAACAGAAUAGACCUUGGGUACCUAAAACAGAAGGCAAAACAAUGACUUCACCAAGGAAGCAGCAUCCACUUAAAACAGAGCAUUACAACAGACAUGAGACCUUCUAAAUAUAGAGCUGGAUGUUUCCUGCCAGGCUGAGCUUCUACCUUUUUAUUUUUCUAUGUCUAAAUUAAUCACUCUUCCUCCAGGGCUGCAGGGAAGGAUGAACAAGAAGAUAUUUGCUGUUAGAGGUGAAAUGUUUUGACAGGUUGGGUUUAAGUAGAGCUGGUGGAAGAGGAAAGGCAGUUGGUGGCAGAAGAAGAAGGUCAGGUGGAUCCAAGCACCGUCACGCAACCCUGUGUCCAAAAACACGAUGUCAACCUCUUGAUAUUUGCAUGAGCUGAGGCAUGCACGAAGAGACAGAUCUGUUGCUAAAAUUCCUUGCUGUUUCUCAGCAACUUCAGGGUGACCAAGCCAUGGUGGUCACCAGAGAUGAUGGGAUGUGGGCAAUAGUGAAAGGACUUAGCCAUUCCCAGUGGUCUUCCAGGCUUUGUCCAGUGGGAUACUCGCUCCUUUUUUUCCUAGCGUGAGCAGGAGGGAGAAAAACCAGGGUGUGCUCUUCCCCCUCCCACUCCAGUGAUUUCACUGAAGUGGUUUUAAGAUCUUGUUUCACUUCCAAGGAGGGACAAGACUGAAAAACUUAAGGGCAAAACUGUGAUUUCUUUGUAUGUGUUACAAGGGCAUUGCCUUGUGUGUGUUGUCAGGCAGAUGUUUGGUUUACAUUCCUCCACUUCUGCUUUCUGUACGGACCAAAGUAAUGAGCGGAAAAUGACAAACCACGGAUGUAUGUAAAAAGGGAAUUAAAAUAAAAAGAAACCUUUAUUGAUUCUCA